AUGUCCAUCUUCUCUGGGAACCUGAGCAUGCCCUGGGAUUUGGGGGUGCCAGGUGUUACAGACAGCCCCAACCUGACAGCAGCGCCCUUGUCUGGGCCAUGGGGAGAGGAGUCAUCAGCCCCAUUGUGUACUUUCUGUUGCUGUGGCCUGCUCAACCGCGCUGUGGCUGUACUGUUCAUGGUCAGCCUCGCUUUUGCCAUUGUAAUGGGCAAUGUGGUCACACUCACCGUCUUCAUACAGACACGCCAGUCCCGCACACCACAAGGAUAUCUCAAAGUGUCACUGGCCCUGGCGGACAUGAUGGUGGGCAUUCUGGUGGUGCCUUUCUCCAUCUACACCGAAAUCUCCCUGAUGGUGACCAGCGCCCCCCCUGUGUGGUAUCAGAGUGGGUCACUGACCUUGGCAGGGAGCCUGAGGGACCUCUGGCAGCCCUGCAGGGUGAUUGGCCCUGUGUUUGCCGGCUGCACCUUUGUUUCCAUCAGUACUAUCUUCCUGAUGACGGUGGAGCGCUGUGUGGCCAUCCUGCGGCCGCUGCACAAGGAUGCCCUGGUGACACGCAAUCGCACUCUGCUCCUGAUCCUGCUCUCCUGGGCCGGCAGCUUUCUACUGGCUCUGGCACCCCUCCUCCUCAGCAACGGCUUCACUCUGGAAUACAACGAGUGCAGCCGCAUGUGCAACUAUGCCCCCCUGUUGGACGGGGUCCGGCCUCCACCCGACGGAAGCAUCCUGUUGCUUUUCCCCGCUUUUGAUUUCACGCUGCUGGGUGGGACUCUGGCAGUGAACAUCCUGUCCUUCACCAGCAUUCGGCGCUACACCCGCAAGCGCAAGCUGCUGUCAAAAGGCAGUCUUGGGGGGGAGAGUGGUGGAUGCAUACACAGGCCCUCCUUUUCGGAUAUCAAAGCAGCCAAGACAAUCGGCAUCCUGACAUUUGCAUUCACCGCCUCCUUCUCACCCAUCGCCGUGUUCGUGCUGGGCAACGUGGUGGGUUACACCUGGUGCAACUUUUCUUUCUUUGCUUUCUGGAUCCUGACAGCCAACAGCUGCUGCAAUGUAAUCAUCUACAGUGUGCGGGACCAGCGCUUCAGGAAAGGAGUGACACUUCUCUUCCAGAGGGACCGAACACUGCCACCAGGAGAGAAGAGCUGA